AUUUAACAUAACAAUUCCUUAUUGCCAAGCAUAUUACAUUUGGUUCUCAGGUAAAUUACAGCAAAAUUAAAAUGUUUAUUGUUAAGUUUACUUAUUUUAUGCUUAUAUUAAAAUAUGUGUCUGGUCAAGAUUUAAACGAGGUAAUUCAAGAUUAUAAAAAUAAAAUUAACAAAGCUUUUGAGGAUGCUAAAAAAUAUAAAUUUGAUACAGACGCUUAUAAGUAUAAACCAAAUAACAGUGAUGAAAUAAAAGAAUUUGGAGAUUUUGACUACAUCAUAAUUGGGGGUGGAACGACCGGAUCUGUUAUAGCAAAUCGACUUUCAGAGACAAAAAAUAUUAGGGUUUUACUUUUAGAAGCAGGGGGAGAACCAAAUGUAUUAACUGAAAUACCGAUAUUUUGCAAUGAGGCCCCAUUAACCGAUGCAAAUUGGGGUUAUUAUACGACCCCACAGAAAGCUGGAUGCCAAGGUUACAUCAAUAGAGCAUGUCCCGCUGCGAGAGGUAGGGGACCUGGAGGAACCUCAUUAAUAAAUAAUGCGAUAUAUUCCCGAGCAAACCCAAAAGAUUUCGACCGCAUUGCAAAUCUAACAAUUCCAGAUUGGGCUUAUGACAACAUACUAAAAUACUUCAAAAAGUCUGAAAACUUCACCAAUAUAAACCCGAUUGCAACUGUCGACCUAGACUUUCAUGGCAAGAAUGGAUUGUGGAACAUCGAAACGGUGGACUUGCAAGUUAUGAGGAAUCCUAAAAUUGACAAUUUUAUGAAAGCAAAUUUGGAGUAUGGUUUAAAUAAUACGGAUUAUAGUAGUGAUAUUGAGGAGGGGCUAUCAUACAUACAAGUUACGAAAAAUCAUGGAAAAAGGGCUGAUACCGGAUCAGCAUUUUUGAAUCCCAUUGCAAAUAGAAGCAACCUUGUGGUGUCCCUUGAAAGUUUCGUGAUUAAAAUAGAAAUUGAUACAGAAACCAAAGAAGCUACAGGUGUUCUUUUCACCAAAAAUGGAUUUCUUUAUAGGGCUAAAGCCAGAUCAGAAAUUAUUCUUUCAGCUGGUACUUAUAAUUCACCCCAAAUAUUACAACUUUCAGGUAUUGGCAGAUUAUCCGAAUUAAAUAGACUUAAAAUUCCAGUAAUCAGUAACUUACGCGUUGGGGAAAAUUUGAUAGAUCACCCGCUGUUUUUCAUUUACAUUACACAAAACACAACAGAUCCUGAUCUGGAUUUAGAUACUGCAAUAAGGAACUAUUUAUUGGACAAAGGUUUAUUCACUUCCUGUGGUUCAGAUGGUGUUGUUUUCUGUUCUACAAAUUUCGAUGACUACCCAGACCUGGAAUAUAUCGUACAACCGAAUAUAAAACGACCCCUACCAAGCCUAUUUUCAAGAUUUCUGAAGCCUACAAGUCAAACUUCGAAGGAUUUAAAGCGAUCCUUUUCGGAAGGAAAAUCAUUUAAAAUUGCUGGAGUACUUUUAGAUCCCAAAUCAAAGGGAACCAUAAAGUUAAAGAGCAACUCGCCAUAUGAUUACCCUUUAAUAAACCCAAACCUACUCACAGAAAAUGAAGAUUUAGAAAAAAUGUACUACCUUGUAAACCUAGUAAAAAACCUAACCAAAACCGAAGCGUUUAGGAAAAUCGACGCGAAAGUGGUAACUCAAAACUUUAAAGCCUGCAAUGGACACAAAAAGGAUUCCAAAAAACAUUGGUUAUGCAUCAUAAAGCAGUUAACGAUUACGAUUUUUCAUCCGAUGGGCACAUGUGCGAUGGGUGGAAGCGCAGAGUCUGGAGCUGUUGUCGAUGGUAGAUUAAAAGUUUUCGGUGUCAAGAAUCUGAGAGUGGCUGACGCGUCAGUGUUUCCGUUUCCUGUAAGAGCCCAUUUAGUCGCCAACUGUGUUCUCAUCGGAGAGGUAGUUUCUGAUUUUAUUAAAAAAGGAUUUUAAACCAAAAAUUAAUGAAAAAUAAAAUAAUUUGAAAUU